AAAUUUGUUGUGUUGCUUAAAUACUUGCUUAAAUACUUGCUAAAUACUUGCUAUUUCUUUACAAGAUCUCAGGCCUCGGGGUCAAUUAAUGAUGAGCGUCAAAUGCAGUCGGCGCUACGGCUGGCCGUGUCAGCGACCCACCGGCUCGGCCACGGCCAACAGGCAGCCGGCUCCGACGUCAAGUAGGCGCUACGGUUCCUGACGCCAGCAGGAGCACUUGACCAGCAGCUCACCGCCACCGCACAGGACCUGGCACAGCUCGGCACAGGCAUGCACAUUGACCCAGCAGUGGUGCAAGAAUGCGAAUGGCACGUCAGUCACCAGAUCUGCAGUGAUGUCGCCCGGCUCUGACGAUGGCGCACAGCCGCCGUGUCCGCGGUCUCCGUCGCCGCCGCGGUAUGCGGCGCUGGGCGGCGACUCGUACAUGUCGCGGUCUCGCCAUUGGGGGCCGAACGAUUCGCGGCUCCCGCCGACCCCGCCGGCGACGAGUUUCCUCCGGCGAGUCCUGCGCCGUCUGGCGUGGUCGACGCUGCCCGGGAGGUUCCUGGCUGGCAAGCUGCUGCUGUGUCUACCGACGCACAGAGUUUUGUCGUGGCUGUGCUGUCCGCGGCCGUGCUCCACGGUUGCGACGUCUGCGGCCAAGCUGCCCGCUGCUGAGCUCCGCGGCCGAGCUGCCAGCGGCCGCGCUCUGCGGCCGUGCUCUGCGGUCGUGCUCUGCGGCCGUGCUUCCCGUGGCUGGGCCCUCCGUGGUCCCGUGAUCGUGGCCGCGGCGAGGGUGCCGCGACCUGCGCGGUGCCGUGCGGUGCAGUGAUGGCGCCGCGCACUGUGCAGUGAUUGUGCCGAGCGCUGCGUACGCGGUGGGUGCCGCGCGCCGCGCUGUUGAGCGUACCGUAUUCGGACGGUGGCUGCCGCGCGCAGCGUGGUGAUUGCUGCGCUCUGCCAUGAGUGCCGCUCACUGCCGUGGCCUGAGUGCCGCGCUCGGACGGAGUGCCACGCGCCGUUGUGUUGCGUCGCCUUCUGCCUUUUGAUAUGUGCUAUCUCCGAAUUUAAUGUUGCUUGUUGCCGAUGUUCGCUUCUUUUCGUUAAGAGGGUCGGGUAUAGUCGGUCGAUUUAUUCGCACCGUUUGAUUUCGUACCGGCUUCUCUUCUGUUUCUUAUUGUUUUCUGCGAUGUCACUUGUCCGAUUUUAUAUCUGAUUAAUUCACGUAUUUAAGUAUUUAUUUUAUAUUGUCAUAAUAACUUACGGCGCUGUUCCUUUAUUUUCUGUUUAGUUGCAGCCCUAGUACCUUAAUUUCCGAUGUCUCUUCGGUUUGUUGUCGCUCGCAUGUUCAGAGAGUCCUGGUUGGCCGGCGCGAGCGGCGGUUGUGGAAUACAAGCUCGUCUGUGAA